AUGAUCCUACGCUCUCUUCUUCUCUCCGCAAUCGCCAUCGCCUCCUUCAGCGCUGCGGGGGCUGUCACUAUCGACCACGACAAGGUACAGCCGUUUGCGCAGCCCGAGCCAGUCACCGUGUCCGAGAAAACCGCUGUAAAAUUCAAACCGAGUCUCCACAUCGUUGACGGAUGCCACCCGUACCCUGCUGUCAACGCUGCGGGUGAAACGAGCGCGGGGCUAAAAGGAAGUGGACGUAUAGACGGGAAAUGCAAGGGGUCCGCUCUCGGCUCGCAAGUGUAUGGACGAGCUAUAUGGUACAAGGAUCUCUGGGCCAUCGUGUACGGCUGGUACUUCCCCAAGGAUAAAGUCGAUUUCCUUAACAAGGGCCAACGACACAAAUGGGUCAGCGCCGUAGUGUGGUUGGACAACCCUGCGGUCGAGACCCCCAAGAUUCUCGCCAUCUCGACUUGGAACGUGAAAGGAGGGUAUGACAUUUUGAAGAACGAACCGCCAGAGUGCUAUCGUUACGGUUGCGACCCGAAGUUCGUCGAGUAUAUCAACAUGACGACCCCCAUGCUCUCGUACGUGCGUUCUCUCGAAGAGCCUGUUCACACGCUGCGACCGACUACGGCAAGGGGUACUGGCGAACUCCAAGAUCUCGUCAUGUGGGAGCAGUUGAGCGAAGAAGCGCGGAUCGCGCUAGGUGAGGCAGACUUCGGGGAGAAAUCACCGGUCCCGUUCAUUGACACCAACUUGAACGCAAAUCUCGAAGCGGCUCGUCCGUUUCUGUAG